AGCGCCUGCGACAUCAGUGAUGGGGGAGUGGGGGGAGUUCCCAGAGCUCCCUGCCACGCCCGCUGCCGCGCCAGUCAGAGCUGCCCCUCCGUCCAAGCUUGGGCCUUUCUCAUCGGCCCUGCCAGCCCCGGGACAGUCACCCCCAGCAGCGUCAUUCAGAGACUGACAUCCCCUCUCAGCCAUGCCCAGACCCAGCUCCUUCUUCCCCCUCCUCCUACUCAUUCUCCUCCCUGGGGUCUCCACCCAUUGUCACACGGGCACAGCUGAGGAGUGCGAGGAGCACACGGCUUUUGUGCCUGGGCACAAUCUGGCAGGAGAGGGCAUCGACGUCACCACACUGGGUAGGAAAGGGGCCUACUUGGUGGACACCAGCCACUGGCAGCGCCCGGAUGGGACCUGCACCCUGUGCCGGAACUCGCUGCUGGAGGGGCAGCUGCAGAGGCUGCCGCUGGCUGUGGCGGACUGGAGGGAGAAGGUCUCAUGCCGCAGGAAACUCUCCAGCGCUGUGAAGGAGUCGGCCAUGGGCAUGGUCCGUGCAGCGAACGCCGUGGUACAGAAUGACUGGAAGGUGGGGCUGGAGGUGGAGGUGAAGCCCAGCGCCAACACCCAGGUGAUGCUGGCCGGCUCGCACUCCAAACUGGCAGAGUUCAGCACGGAGAAGUCUCAGCAAGACAAAUACAGUUUCACCAGCCAUGAGGUGUCCUGCGCAUACUAUACGUUCCGCGUUACCCACAAACCUCCUCUCACCAGACAUUUCAUCCGGGCCUUGAGGGACCUCCCGGAGGAUUACACCCACAGCUCGCGGCUCGAGUACCAUGAGCUGAUCAACACCUACGGCACCCACUAUGUGUCCCAGCUGCAGCUGGGGGGCCGGGUGCGGGACGUGACGGCCGUGAGGGUCUGUGAGGCAGCGCUGGAUGGGAUGACAGCUGAUGAGGUCAAAGACUGUUUGAACCUGGAGGCCUCUGCCAGCAUUGGGGCCGGGAAGGGCAGUGCCCAGGCGGCCUUCAGCCAGUGUGAGGAGCAGAAGAAGAAGAAGAACUUCAAGCGGAGCUUCCAUGAGACCUACAGCGAGCGUCACACCGAGGUGACGGGCGGCCACAGCCACGCUGACCUGCUGUUCUCUGAGGGGCAGGACGCCGAGGUGUUCUCGGCCUGGAUGGAAAGCCUCAAAGCCAGCCCCGGCCUGGUGUCCUACUCGCUGCACCCCAUCCACAACUUGGUGAGGCAGGACAACCCCAAGCGGGAGGCGCUGAGGCAGGCGGUGAGUGAGUACAUCGCCGAGAGGGCCCUGUGGAGGAAUUGCACCCACAGCUGCCCUCCGGGGACCCAGCGCAGCGCCCAUGACUCCUGCUCCUGCAUCUGCCCCGGGGAUGGCUCCACCAACACCAUGUGCUGCUCGCGGGAGCGGGGUCAGGGGAAGCUGACGGUGACGGUGGAGCGGGCCAGCGGCCUGUGGGGCGACUACAGCAGCCGCACCGACGCCUACGUCAAGGUCUCCUUCCAGGACCGGGAGGUGCGGACGGCAACCGUGUGGAACACCGACAACCCGGUCUGGGACGUCCACCUGGACCUGGGGCACGUGCGGGUGGCGGAGACCAGCCAGCUCCGCCUCCAGGUCUGGGACGAGGACAACAGGUAUGACGACGACCUACUAGGGACAUGCGACGAGCCGCUGCGCUCUGGAGAGAGUCACCACCAGGUCUGCUACCUGAACCAUGGCCGGCUGGACUUCCGGUACAGCCUGGUGUGUGGUCCCAGCCUGGGCGGGCCCCACUGCUUGGACUAUGUCCCCCAGGGCCCCGGGAACUAUGGGGCAGCCCAGGGUUAGCUCAGAGGGAUGUUCCAGGACAAGCAAUUCGCCCCACCUCGCCCCCGCAGCCAGGGGUCUUCCCUCUCCCCCAGGGGCAUCUGCUGUGACCUCACUUCACCAGGAGCUGGGCGGGCUCUCUCUCACGGGGGGUGACGGGGCUCCGGGGGUAGCAAUGGAGGGGCGAGAGCGUGAGCGUCCCACACAAUAAAGGAAAUGGAGAGCUGACUGAGCCGCCCUGGUGUCUCGCUCUGUGGAUCCCCCUUUGCCCCCGCCCUAGCACUGGGCCCUCAGCCCCCCAACUGACCCUUGAGUCCCUCCUUCACCCCCUAUCUUACCCCCAGUGCCCCUCCCCCAUUUCUUCCCCCAAUCCCUACUGGCCCUCCCACCCCAUCAAUGAAAAAUUCCUUCCUGAACCCCAGACCCCAGCCCACACAUGGAGGGCGAGGAGACAGGUUUACCCCACACACCCAUCCCAGCACACACAUGGGCGCAGGGGGGGGCUCAGGUCCCCCCAGUUCUUGGCACACACGGGGGGGGGGGGACAACUCAGUCCCUCCCAAUCUUGGCACAGCCAGGUGGGUGUGGGGGAGAGGCCGGGAGAAAGGCUCAGCCCAGCCCAAUGCCUAAACCCUCCCACUCCCCCUACCCCGUGUCCCCGCCCCUCCCCACAUCUGUCCUGAGGCCCCCCCCUCCAUAUAGCCCAGCCCAUCACUGGGGGCCCCGCCCCUCACGGCGAGCUUCGCCUGGUGUCAUUCAUUUUCUUUUCUUCCUCCCUCCCCCAGGCUGGGCCCCGAAAUAAAAUUCAAGUCUUUGGCUGAAGCA